AUGACACCACCCAGAGGGAUCAAGGAAGUGCAGACAUUGAACGGGCGCAUCACUGCUCUGAGCAGGUUUAUUUCACGGUCGGCAGAGCGCAGUAUGCCGUUUUUCAAAAUCCUAAGGAAGGGAACCAAAUUCUUGUGGACAGAAGAAUGCCGGGCGGCAUUUGAGGAUCUUAAAGUAUAUUUAGCGAAGCUCCCGACUCUGACCAAGCCGGUCCCGGGAGAAACAUUGUAUCUGUAUAUAGCCGUGGGGGAAGAAUCAGUGAGCUCUGUGCUCAUCAGAGAAGAGGGAAGUCAUCAGAGACCGAUUUAUUUUGUCAGCAGGAUCAUCCAAGGUCCCGAGCUAAAUUACACAGAGAUUGAGAAGGUUGCUCUGGCGGUCAUGGUCACGGCGAGAAAGUUGAGGCUGUAUUUUUUAUCACAUCGGGUAGUGGUGCGCACUGCCCUGCCUUUUAAACAAGUGCUGGGGCGCCCGGAUUUGUCGGGAAGAAUGGUGAAGUGGGCUGUGGAGUUGGGGGAAUAUGAUGUGGAGUAUGAGCCAAGAACAGCGAUCAAAGCACAAGCGUUGGCAGAUUUCAUCCAAGAAACAACUCGCCGUCCUGUACCGGAGUUUUGGGUUGCCUUUGUGGACGGAUCAGUGACAAAAGAGGGAUGCGGAAUUGGGGUAUACAUCACAUCACCGGGGUAUGGUACAUAUCAGUUUGCAAUCAAAUUCACUUGCCGACUGUCCAACAAUGAGGCGGAGUAUGAAGCUGUGGUCAGAGGGGCGCAUAUUUUGUCAGAACUCAAGGCCGAAUGUGUCAUCAUCAAGACAGACUCCCAGUUAGUGGCCCAACAAUAUUCAGGGGGUUAUAGUGUCAAAGAAGAACGCAUGAGGGCGUACCACCGCAAGAUCAGCGAGAUGAAGAACAAGUUUAUGGAAUUCAAAAUCGAGCAGAUUUCCCGGGAAGAGAAUACGAAAGCAGACCUACUGGCGCGAAUGGCUAGUGCAGUGGAACAAACCUGGAAUGAUGAAGUUAUUUUACUCUGUGAUACCAGAGAGAUGGGGACUUCACAGGUCUUCUCCGUAGAGAUCAGAGACGACUGGCGGGCUCCUAUUAUACAUUUUCUCAAGACAGGAGAGCGGUUGAACAAGGAAUCUAAUCAGAGGGCCCGAUAUGAAAAUUAUUGCUUGCUUAAUGACCAACUCUACAAACGAUCCUUUACUCAGCUUUUACUAAAAUGCUUAUCUCCAGAGGAAGCUAACUUUGCUUUAAACGAAGUUCAUGCAGGGGAGCCUAUGGGCGUUAUGUACGCUGCAUGUCCAUUCGACAAGUGGGGUAUCGACAUAGUCGGGAAGCUGCCAACGGCACCAGGGGGUAAAUGCUUUCUGCUUGUAGCGGUGGACUACUUCUCUAAGUGGGUCGAGGCUGAGGCUGUGGGGAAAAUCGAUGAGGUGACUGUGGAGCGCUUCAUUUGGCGGAAUAUAUGCUGCAGAUUUGGCGUGCCCAGGAUCAUCGUUUCUGACAACGGAACCCAGUUCACUGGGCAGAGGAUCGCGGAUUUCUGUGAUCGGAUGGAUAUCACUCAAAGAUUCAUCUCGGUAGCUCAUCCGCAAGCAAAUGGCCAAGUGGAGUUGGCCAACAGGACAAUAUGCGAAGGGAUCAAGAAGAGGCUGACUCAGAGCAGAGGCAAAUGGGUUGAGGAGCUGGAUAUUGUACUUUGGGCCUACCGCACUAGCCCAAAGACAGCCACGGGUGAAGCACCGUUUACUCUGGUGUAUGGAUCUAAUGCAGUAAUACCAGCGGAGGCAAGAUUGAAAUCAUAUCGGAUAACAACCUACGACACUGAGCACAAUGCUGAACUUCGUCGAGCAGAGCUAGAUUUGGUGGAAGCACAGAGGGAUGAGGCCCGGGUCAGAGCAGUAAAAUACAAAAGCAUUAUCAAAGCAGGAUACGACAAGAGGGUCAGAGCACGGAAGCUAUCCAAGGGCGGCUUAGUCCUCAAAAGAGCCGAUGCAUUGAAGGCAGUGGGCAAGUUCGAAGUUAAUUGGGAAGGCCCGUUUAUUAUCACAGAGGUCCUAGGUGGUGGAGCGUCAAAGGGAAAGCAAACAUCAGGGAUUGACGACUUCUCUUCCAUGCGCCAACACUUCAAGCUCUUCUUCUCCGCUGAGACAUGCCCACUUCUCAGAUCUACUCCAGAUCUACCCCACGCCUGCAGAACACCAAGAAAAAACAAACAAGUCAAAGUGCCAAAAAGAAAGAGUACAGAAGAGGAACAGACCAACCAACAUCCAGAUCUCAGGAAGCUGAUGAUAAUGCUCCCGAAUGCCAGAAGCCUGCUCCUUGCAACCACAAUACCGGAGAUCUACCCCGGAAACACAAAGGGAAGGGCGGAGCCUUCAAAGAUGUGGGUGCCCUGA